UGAAAAUGGUCUGGAAAAUUGUCAAAACAAUUGGAGAAGGUCGCAGUUUCAUAACUGCCGUGCCCUACACUUGGGAAGAUAACGAACUGGUCUAUUGGCCACCGCCUGGUUUGGAGUCAAUAGAUAAAGUCAGAGCUAACCUCACACUUGCUCCCGGAUGGAGUGUGUAUAAAUGUGAGGUCAAAAUCCAAAGAAUUGACGUCUCCUUGGAAGCAAAAAAAUUGGAAAAGUUGCUUUUUAACGUCGGAACGGAGAUUGAAGAGGAUGUAAUGUUCAACUAUGAGCUGAAGAAAAGAAAACGCAAUGAGCCGAAAAUACGUCUAGUUCAGCUAGAUUUCAACGAAUCUCUUCCCCAAGCAAGCUCAUCUCUGGUUCCAUCCAACUCAUCCACAUCCACCGGCUGUUCCGGCGGCUCCUGUAUUGUCUUUGGAUCAAAUAUGUGUUCACAACAGUCCCCCCAAGCGAUUUCUUUCAAAUCCCAGACAUCUUCGAACUCAAUUGAUCGUAUUGACACGCUGCUCUCAAAUAAUAGUCGAGAAAGAGCCCAUGUACCCUUCACGGAACUUCCAAAUACAACCAACGGAUCUCUCAUUGUUAUCUUUUCGAAUCAAUGCCCAGAAGAAACAUCACUCAUCUGCAGGUCUCCGUCUAAUUCAAUGAUGAAUUAUACAGACAUGUUCCUUUCUUCUGGCGGUCCAGAAAGAACCACUGAGGAUUUGGCGCCCUAUCUACCUCAAUUUCUCAACAAGCUGAUGUGACCAUACUCCCGCUGGCACAGACAAGACAAAAGUCUGAUUAUCUUAGUUCAACCCAAUGCAAUGAAGAGUGUAAGUGAAAUGUGAAGUUCCUGUGAAGUUUAGAGAAUUAAACGAUAUUUAAAACGAAAAUAAACAAACAUGUUUCAGUCAUCAAAAUCGAGUUCAAAUAAAAAGU